AUGCGGAUGCCUGCACAUGCAUCGGUUGCUGAGGGAGAUCGAGAAGAAAACAGGAGCUUGCUGCUUGGUGCAGAGCAGCAGCAGCAGCAGUUGUUUUCCUCCUCUUGGUCACCGGUUCAAGAUUUGAAGGCUAGUAGCAGGCUGCAAGCUGUUUUCUCUUCUUCGGUGACAACAGCUCGGUGUCUUUGCUUCCCUGUUUUGAUUUGGAGAAUCCGGAGAGUACCGAGCCAUAUCCAGAGGAGGAUAGUGACUACCCUCAGCAGGAAGGUGAGGAUUCCGGGUAUGAGUUGUGCUUCUUGUGUGGUCACUGCUCUGCCGGGGGUGGCGAGGGCAGUGAGUGAUCCCUUCUCUUGCAGCUUGGCUCUUGCCCGGUUGGUUUGCCCUUGUGGGGUUGUGGCACCGCCGGCUUUCGUUUUAUGCUUAUGAGCUUUAUUUGAGUCUUCCGCUGCUACUCCUUCUGUGUAUGUUGGGACCUUGGACCCUAUGUUAUAUCUUGUA